AUGUCGAUCACUACCUAUUCAACUCCAUUACGUUUAGGCCCAUUAGUUUUGAAAAAUCGUGUUAUAAUGUCAUCAUUAACACGUGAUCGUAAUAUCAUUCCUGCACAAUUACAAGUUGAGUAUUAUACACAACGAGCGGGUGCUGGUUUAAUUCUCACGGAGGGUACAUUAGUCAGCCCACAAGGCACAGAAUGGUCUAAUGCACCAGGUAUCUACAAUGACGAACAAAUGAAAGGUUGGAAAGCCAUUGUCGAUUCCGUGCAUGCUCAUAAUGGUCUCAUCUUCCUCCAGUUGUGGCAUGUUGGGCGUGUAGCUCAUCCUCUCCUUCAACAUGGUGAACCCAAUGUGGGCCCAUCAUCAAUCGCAGCUAAAGGUGGUAAAUUUCGUCAAUUGGAAGGACAUCCCGGCCAUGUACAACCAAAAGAAAUUGAUGAUCCCGAGUAUUACAUUGAUCUGUAUCGACGUGCAGCUGAACAAGCAAAACAAUGUGGUUUUGAUGGUGUUGAAUUGCAUAAUGCGAACGGUUAUUUACCUCAUCAAUUUCUAGAUAAUACAUCGAAUCAUCGUCAAGACAGUUGGGGUGGUUCAGUCGAAAAUCGUUGUCGAUUCACUCUUCGUAUUAUAGAUGAAUGCAUUAAAGUAUAUGGGAAUGAUCGUGUUGGUAUUAAAUUGGGUCCUAGUGGUGGCUAUAAUGAUAUGGGUAUGUCAGAAGAAGACAGUAUUGAAACCUUUUCAUAUUUGGUGAAAGAAUUGAAUAAACGAAAAAUUGCCUAUAUACAAUUAACACGGCAUUGGGAACAUCUUGAUUCGGUUACUCCUGGCAAAAACAUCGAUAUUUUUCAAUUCAAAAAAUUUAUUAAUUCGGAGCAUACCAAAUUUUUCGUUAAUACAAAUUAUGAUGGCAAAGAAGGUGCACAAGUUUUGCAAGAUGGUCAGGCGGAUGCGGUUGUUUUCGGUCGACUAUAUAUUGGUAAUCCAGAUUUGGCACAACGAUUAAUUAACAAAAAUUGUAUUAAUACAAAUUUAGAUAUAAAAAAGUUUUAUGGUGGAGGCAAAGAAGGUUAUACAGAUUAUCCAACAUACGAAGAAUAUUUAAAAUUGCAGGAACAAUUUGGCGUUUGUCCCAUUCGUGCAUGA